AUGAGAAAGCACGGAUAUACGACGCGGCGAAGCUGGAUAGACGGUUCGUACGGGCGAUCCUCCGUGAAACCGCUGCAACGACUGCAUCAGAAUGGUCGAGGGUUCUUGCGGCAACAAUACUGCGGCUCCGAAUUUAUUCAUGCCCCGACAAAAUAUUUCCUGGCCGCGCUGAGCGCCUGCGGUUUUCGCUGGAUUAUGCACAUAGGACCAGCUAAAAUCGUCCGACUAUCAACGCUUGCCUCGUUUCGACAGUACUUGGCUGGUUUGAAAUAUAUCGUGAGAGUGGAUCCGAAACACGAAGAAGCCGAAUAAAGAAAAAUUGGAAAACAGGAAGAUCUCAAAUUUCGAAUUCCCAUCACGUCGUUUUCGCAUCACUGAACCUGCGUCCAAUUACAUUUUACCAUUGCAUAUUAUGUAUAGAUGUACACUCUUUCUCAAUUUCCUAUCUGUUCUUUCGGUUGUGCAAGGAAAAAUAAAAUAAAACAAUCGAUCUUUCAAUAUGAAGAAAUAAUCUUCGAAGCAUGAAAACGUUUGUAAUAUCGUCAGUUUAUCAUUUGCACUCGGAAUAAAAUGUCCACCGAUAGAUUAGGACACUUUUUCGUUAUAAUUCGCAUGUUUAUUUAACUAGAAUGUUAAUUGCAGUAUCACUGCGAUAUUUUUUCCUACCAAAUUCACGACUACAUAACGAGAUAAAGGGAACACACGGAUAAAAUGAUUACAAUCAUAUAAAUACAUUGCAUUAACCUUGAAAAAAUUAAAAAAAAAAGAAAAAGCAAAAGCUGAGAGAAAAGGAAAAAAAUUUCACACCAACUUUAUUUUACAUACCAACUGGCCUUGAAUUUUAGCUGCUACAACAUUGGAUGCACACGCUUCGUAUGAUAUUCUUGAGUAUAAAUCUUCGAGGAUGCGUAAUUAAUUGUACAGUUGUGUUAAAUCAAACAAUCAGCGGGAUGUCGUAAUUACCUAUAUAUGGACAAUAAUAAAUCAAAUGUAAAGACGUAGAACCAUAAAAUGUAAUAGCUUAUAGCUUACGAAUAUUACACUAACGCUGUGUACCCAAUUUCUUAUUAAG